CCGCCGUCAGCCUAGGUUGAGGCGCCCUGCGUGUGUCUAUAACUUUGUGCUGCUGCCGCGGCUGCCCUGCUCGUGGAAGGGAGGAGGAGGAAUGUGGAAGGCGGCGGCGCGCAGGCCGACAGGCGGUUCUUCAGCCGGGCUGUGGUGGCGGCCCGAGUGCCUCUCCUUGGCCGAGGUUGCGCGCCCCCUCCUCGCCGUGCCCCGGGCCCGCGCGGGAUUGUGCGUCCUCCCUCCUCGUCCCUGAAGGGAAGGAACCGAGGCAGCAGCAGUAGCAGCGGCAGCGGUGCCCAGGAGCCUGAGCCUUCGCAGUGUUCUCGUCCCUCCCCCGCCGCACCCCGCCCCAGCGCGAGAGGAGAGCGCGAGAGCCCGAGCUCCGGGCAGGCGGGCGCCGAAGAUGGCAGAGGCGCCAGCCUCCCCGGCCCCUCUCUCUCCGCUGGAAGUGGAGCUGGACCCGGAGUUCGAGCCCCAGAGCCGGCCGCGCUCCUGUACGUGGCCCCUGCAGAGGCCAGAGCUCCAGGGGAGCCCGGCCAAGCCCUCGGGGGAGGCGGCCGCUGACUCCAUGAUCCCCGAGGAGGAGGACGAUGAAGACGACGAAGACGGCGGCAGUAGGGCCAGCUCGGCCAUGGCCAUCGGCGGCGGCGGCGGGGCCGGCCCCCUGAGCUCUGGGUUGCUUCUUGAGGACUCGGCCCGGCUGCUGGCUACCGGAGGGCAGGACGCCGGGUCCGGGCCAGCCCCUGUGACUGGCGCGCUGAGCGGGGGGACGCAGACGCCGCUGCAGCCUCAGCAGCCUCUGCCGCCGCCCCAGCCAGGGGCGGCUGGGGGCUCCGGGCAGCCGAGGAAAUGCUCGUCGCGACGGAACGCCUGGGGGAACCUGUCCUACGCCGACCUGAUCACUCGUGCUAUCGAGAGCUCCCCGGACAAACGGCUCACUCUAUCCCAGAUCUACGAGUGGAUGGUGCGCUGCGUGCCCUACUUCAAGGAUAAGGGCGACAGCAACAGCUCUGCCGGCUGGAAGAACUCUAUCCGGCACAACCUGUCGCUGCACAGCCGGUUUAUGCGGGUCCAGAAUGAAGGGACCGGCAAGAGCUCUUGGUGGAUCAUCAACCCGGACGGAGGGAAGAGCGGAAAGGCGCCCCGGAGGCGUGCUGUCUCCAUGGACAACAGCAACAAGUACACCAAGAGCCGUGGCCGCGCAGCCAAGAAGAAGGCAGCCCUGCAGACGGCCCCGGAGUCAGCAGACGACAGCCCCUCCCAGCUCUCCAAGUGGCCCGGCAGCCCCACGUCGCGCAGCAGCGAUGAGCUGGAUGCCUGGACCGACUUCCGCUCUCGCACCAAUUCCAACGCCAGCACGGUCAGCGGCCGCCUGUCCCCCAUCCUGGCAAGCACAGAGUUGGAUGAUGUCCAGGACGAUGACGCGCCACUCUCCCCCAUGCUCUACAGCAGUUCGGCCAGCCUGUCACCCUCCGUAAAUAAGCCGUGCACCGUGGAGCUGCCCCGGCUGACCGACAUGGCGGGCACCAUGAAUUUGAAUGAUGGGCUGGCCGAUAACCUCAUGGACGACCUGUUGGACAACAUCACGCUCCCCUCGUCCCAGCCAUCACCCCCUGGGGGGCUUAUGCAGCGCAGCUCCAGCUUCCCAUACACCACUAAGGGCUCCGGCCUGGGCUCCCCCACCAGCUCCUUUAACAGCACGGUGUUUGGACCCUCCUCUCUGAACUCCCUGCGCCAGUCUCCCAUGCAGACCAUCCAAGAGAACAAGCCAGCCACCUUCUCUUCCAUGUCACACUAUGGCAACCAGACACUCCAGGACCUGCUCACGUCGGACUCACUCAGCCACAGUGAUGUCAUGAUGACCCAGUCGGACCCCUUGAUGUCUCAGGCCAGCACCGCUGUGUCUGCCCAGAACUCCCGCCGGAACGUGAUGCUUCGCAGUGACCCAAUGAUGUCCUUUGCCGCCCAGCCUAACCAGGGGAGUUUGGUCAAUCAGAACUUGCUCCACCACCAGCACCAAACCCAGGGCGCUCUCGGUGGCAGCCGUGCCUUGUCGAAUUCCGUCAGCAACAUGGGCUUGAGCGACUCCAGCAGCCUCGGGUCAGCCAAACACCAGCAGCAGUCUUCUGUCAGCCAGUCUAUGCAAACCCUCUCGGACUCUCUCUCAGGCUCCUCCUUGUACUCAACUAGUGCAAACCUCCCUGUCAUGGGCCAUGAGAAGUUCCCCAGCGACUUGGACCUGGAUAUGUUCAAUGGGAGCUUGGAAUGUGACAUGGAGUCCAUUAUCCGUAGCGAACUCAUGGAUGCUGAUGGGUUGGAUUUUAACUUUGAUUCCCUCAUCUCCACACAGAACGUUGUUGGUUUGAACGUGGGGAGCUUCACUGGUGCUAAGCAGGCCUCAUCUCAGAGCUGGGUGCCAGGCUGAAGGCUCACUGAGGAAAGGGGAAGUGGGCAGAGCAGACCCUCAAACUGACACAAGACCUACAGAGAAAAACCCUUUGCCAAAUCUGCUCUCAGCAAGUGGACAGUGAUACCGUUUACAGCUUAACACCUUUGUGAGCCCGCGCCAUUUCCUAACCCAGCAGAGACUGUUAACGGCCCCUUACCCCGGGUGAAGCACUUACCCUCGGCAACAGAACUCUAUCAAGUAUGCAAAAUCUUCCUUGUACGGGGUGACAGCCACCUGCCAGCAAAGGACAGCACCCUGCCAGCACCGCCCACCCCGUUCAGAGCACACCGUGAGCCCUCGGGCCAUCCUGUGGUGUUUUAAUAUCGAGAUGGUUAAUGGGAUGUUUUAAGUGUUGUUUCUGUGUUUGUUUUCCUUUGACUUUAAGUUUCUCACAUACAUUAACUUGCAGUCUUUUUAUGUUAAAAUGUUAAUCAUGCUUCCCCUGGCAAAUUUAAAAACAGAAGGAAAAUGUACCAGGUACGGUGCUGGCUUUGGGCGUCACAAGCGUUUAUGGAACUCCCCAAAAUAAUGCAUUACAUAAACUAGAGGGGGAUUUUCUUUCUUCUUUUGUUUGGUAGAAAACUCCUUUUCUAAAAACUGAACAAUGGCACAAGUGUUUGCCGUGCACCCUGCCCUGGUCCAGGACGGAGCCCUGCGUAGGCAAAAUGAAUGGGGUGUGGCGUCCCACCCCGUGUGCUCGGUUCUGAGUCGGGGCGGGGGGGGGCUCGUCCCCUGACACCUGGUCUGCUGUUGUCAGAUCAGUAGGGCCUGUGGUCUCCUGUCAGUAUCCCAGUAUCCUCAGCUACCACAGUCAACCGUGGUGGUAUGUUGGUUAGAAAUUAGGAUUUUUUCAAGGAAGAAAUCACCUCAGCUGUCUGCUCAUUGCCAAAUGCCACUAACAAAUUUAGUUUUAAGGAGAAAAGAAAAAAAAGUAGUUCCAUUUUGUUUUGCAGAAGAAAUGAACUUACAGGUGAGCGUGAAGCCUGCAGUGAGAAAUGUGUGAAAAGUACGCAAGUCACUAUUUCCCUAAAUGCACACCCUUGAUUAUUUUCAGCCUUGCUCUGUAUAAUCUGACCUACUAGAUGUGUAUGAGUGAGAGGCAGUAGCGUAGAAACUGAUUUUUUUAAAUAUAUAUACUCUUAGAUUGUAAUUGUACAAGUGACACAAUGGAAGUGCAAGAUAGGGCAGUUUUGACCUUUCCUCGCCUCCACUCUCCUGCUUCUAUGGAUUUCAUUUUUUCUUUUCAAAAAGUUAUGGUGCUGUAUAGGUGCUUUCUGUUUAACCCGGAAAGUGUGAUUAUAUUAGUUACUCUCUUUAGUAGACAGAAUAGUUGGGCACACCUUUGGUACAUAUGAAACUGGUGUAAUGACGCUCUGAUUAGCACAGCAUACGCAUACUUCUCCAAAGUGAUAUAUGAAGACUCUUUUCUUUGCAUAAACAGCAUUAGGCAUAUAAAUGUAUAAAUAUAUUUUAUCAUGUACAGUACAAAAAUGGAACAUUCUGCAUGGAUGUUAGGAAUACAGGCUAGUAUUUCAGCACAGACCUCCCUGCAUGAGUUCUCGCUGACGCUUGCACCGUGCAGUGGGCACUGACUCCCUUCCACCAACACAGAUGUGCCACCCAACCCCCUGCACCGCAUCACCGGCCACCAGGGGCCCCCUUGUGUACCUUGGCUUCCUAAUUCCUCUGGGGGUGACACCGGUGGUGAUAACAGCUCUUAGCAUAAUGAAAGUUCCAUUUGGUGUUGUCACUCGUCUCUCCCGCCUCACUUGAGUUGUCAUGUUUGAGCAAUGGCCCUGUUGAUUUCACCCUGCCUUUUACUGAAUCUGUAAAUUGUUGUGCAAUUGUGGUUAUAGUAGACCUGUAGCAUAUCGCCUUUCCUAAACUGCUACAAGUUUAUAAUCUUCAUUUUGAAAGUAUGUAUCGUUUUUUAAAAUAUGUAUUCUAUUUACAUGGUCUGCUUGUCAGUGAGACAGACUUUUGCUUACUUUAUUCCUUUGUAAUAAUGCUAGCCACUUCCUUGAUUCUUUGGUAGUCAGCUGUGCACAAGAACUGGCCAGUGUCACCAAAAGAGGGCUGCCUCUCUGGGUUCCUAAGUGAUGCUACCCUGAGUGGAGACACAGUUGAGAGACAGUGGAAAUAGCUCGGGGUGGGGUGGGGGAUAUGGGACACAAGGGAGAAUCCGGAGUGCUUCCAACACGAGGGCCCUGAGAAUUUCUCCCCUGAACUCAAAGAAACAAGAAAACUUAACAAAAUAGCUGUUUGCCUUUGCAGCUUCAUACCCCCCUGGAACUACUUUAGGAGUAAGAGAGGCAACCUUCAAAUGUGUUUCGACUUUAAAAUGCUGAAUUCCUUUCAGACAUGUGGCAUCUCACUUACUCUUUUUUUCUCGAUGUUUGUUAGAUUUCAGGCAGAAUGUCUUACAAAAUGUCCUAGAACCAGAUUAUAAUUUAAUCUAAAACAGCUGAGGGAGGGACAGAGGCAGUAUAAGAGCAGGAUAGCCACAGAGCACAUCAGGAAAUGGGGAGGAAGGGGAUUUUUAGGUAACUCUAACAGCAUCUAUACCUAGAGGGUCAUAGAUGGCUGAGAUCAGGGCAGAGUCGAAGCAUCAGUCCUAGGAGGAGUCUGGCAAGAAUGGAGCAGUUAGGCCUGUCCAGGAUCACAGCAGCCCCACUGUCACUCCUGGCCACCCUCUGCUGGCCACUCACCCAGAGGCCAGGCUCUCUUAGACUAGCUGGGUCCUAAGCCAGUCAAACUGUGCAGGGGUGCCACCUAAGCCCUCUGCCUCUUCUAUAAAGACCCUACUUUCAGGAAGGGCCGACCAAUGGCCACCACGUGGAGUUCUGAGUGUCACGGGCCCCUCCCAGGAAGUUUUCUGAGCAUCUCAGUGGAAUACUUAGUAGCCGCUGGGGCCUGGCAGCUGUAAUGUUUGCAUCCUAAUAAGAACUAUCCAAGGCUACUCUCAGCCCCUAAAUAAGCCUAGGGAGCCUUCCCCUUUUUGAUGAGAAGUUAGAAAGAAGAAUGACAGUAUAGAAAAUGUGGCCAGCACUCUGAGGCUCCCUUGUUCUUAUCAGAGCUCCAAAACCAGUUACCUUUUACCAAAGUUAGACAAGAGCUUUACCACAAGCCUUCACUGCUCUGGCAUGAGGACUGACCACCAGGAUCCCACUAACUGUGAACAAACCUGAUUUCCUUUAUUGCAUCCCUAUGACAUGAUGAUUGCUGAAAUAUAGUUUUUAAAAUUUCAGAAGUUUGUCUUUCCUGCUUACAGGAGGAGCAUGCACACACGUGUAGUACAGGCAGACGUGUGUGUGUGUGUUGUGUGUGGUGGUGUUUUGGUGUGUGUGUGUAUGUGUGUCACUUCCCCACCCGGAGAGGACCUGGUGACUCACUGCUCAGGACAGAUAUGCCCAGUCUCAGGGUGUCAUUACAGGUGGCUUCUGACCUUGUUAAAGAUGGUAGGAAGUCUAUCUCAUGAACCCCACGUAAAGAGGAAGGAGCAUCUGAAUCUCUUGGAAAGACUGUCAAGAGGAAAGCAGUCAAACAGCCAGGGCUGUUGUGCGUGCGGAUGCCAAGGGCUGCUGAGGGGGAGUAAAAACGUUACCCUUUCUCUAAAAGCAGAAAUAAAACCGUGACAGCUCUGAACUCUGAUUUCUUUUUUCUUGCUGUGUUUGGAGAACGUUGUAUGAUUAGGCAUAACUUUUUUUUUUUAAGAAAAAAUUUUUUGUAGAAAUGCAAUCACUGGCAAAGAGGUACGAAAAAGCCAGUCUCUCCUGGAGACCAGGGGCUGCAGGGCACAAGGAGGGGAAAGUGCAGUCCUUGUGAAAUCAUGUCUGUCAAACAGGAUCUUAACGCAGAUGCCCAAGUCACUGAAAAGAAUAGUCGGCUCUCUGUAUACACGGUGCUGCAUCUGAGAAUUCAACCAGCCGUGGAUAUGGAGAGCUGACUGUGCUACGCUGUUUUAUAUAAGAGAUUUGAGCAUCCAUGGAUUUUGGUAUCUGUGGAGGUCCUGAAACCGAUCCCCCACAGAUACCAAGGGACGACUGUGUAUUAUAUUUGAUCUAGAUCUUUAGUGGGUCAUAUUUUAUGCAAUUUGAGUGAAUAUUUUCCUGUUUAGUUUUAUUUGUAUGUAUUUUUCUUUGAUGAAUGAUUGGUUCUGAGGCAUCUGCCACACUCCAGAAAUAUUUGUGCGGCUGCUUAAAAAAAAAACACUGUCUGGUCACUUAUUUCUCUAAAAAUUAUCUCAUUGCCUGGCAAUCAAUCUUCUUUCAAUAUACUUUUCCUACACAGGAAAUGUAAACAGAUGUGAAGGAGGACCAGAAAAAUUAGUUAAUAUUAAAAAAAAUGUAUGUUUUGGCUUCACAUGUUUAACUUUUUUUAAGAAAAAAGUUGCAUGAAUGGAAAAAAAAAUCUGUAUACAGUAUCUGUAAAACUGUCUUACCUGUUUCAAUUUCUUGCUCAUACCCCAUACAAACUAGAAUUAAAUAUGGUGCAUGGCCAUAUUCAAGCACCUAAGAGUCAUGCAGUUGAUACUUUGGUUUGAAGCACCUCAUCCUUUCUUUCAAAGCGAACACUAUCAUAUUGCAUUCUUACGGAGGAUUUUGUCUAACCAUAUGUUGCCAUGAAUUAACUCUACCACCUUUCUUCACAAGAAUCAAAACCAGUUUGAUUUGGGGAUCUUCUCCUUUCCAAAUGACAUAGAGAUGCAGUACUUAAAUUUCCUUGGUGUUUGUAGAUAAUGCCUUGUGUAUUCCAUUUAAAACCGUAAUCUAGUUUGUAAAAGAGAUGGUGACGCAUGUAAAUAAAGCAUCAAUGACACUC